UCCGUAUCAUGAAUGAUGAGUGGAUGCUGAAAGAAGGAGAAAUUGGAGAGUAUCCUACAGAUACAAUGUGCCAGAUGGCUGCUCUGGAGAAGCUAAUGGAAUUAAAAGGAUUUUCUGAAUCUCCAUUUCGGUUAAUGAAAAAGACGUUUUACAAAGUCGAUGACAAUGCCGUUCUUCGUGGUGACAGAGAUCCAAUUACUGGAAAAUUGUUCUGGAACCAAAUUAUGCUGUGUUCUUGUUCUGAUACCUACCAGUGCAGCAGAUACCCUAGCUACAAUCCUAGUUAUCACUAUCCAUCAUCUUACUACAGUUCUACCAACUCCUAUGCCUCAUCUUCUUACAGCAGUGUACCUAGCCAAGUGUCAUUAAGCGAGGCUUAUUUCAACCAAGGAGAGUAUGAAACAUUUGAUCUUGCUGCAGAACACACAGGCACAAGUUUUUUUGAGCCUUAGAUAAAAUGAACAAGUACCCUGUGAUGUUUCUUUCUGUCAACAUUUUGGGAUGAGAAAAACAUUCACACUAAAGUUAUAAGUAGGCAUAAAAAUAUUUUGUGAAACAGGUUUGUGCCACAAUUAGUCACCUUUAAAGUAUGCUGCACUUUCUAGUCAAACACUAAAUGCUACUUUGUUCAGUUUAGAAGUGAAAUCUACACAUAUCAAGCUUUAACGAACACUGCUGUCAGUUUAUUAAAUGAUAUACCAA